GGUGUUGAUGGCUGUGUUGUACGGCCUGUAGCUGGGGUCUCGGUCCAGCCUCACGGUUGGCCCUUUCACUGGGCUGGUUCCCGGCCCAGGCCCAGCCCGGCCCAUUUCGGGUGAGACUGCUGUGGUGACUGCUCGCCGCCAUGCACGACGCCUUCGAGCCAGUGCCAAUACUAGAAAAGCUGCCUCUGCAGAUCGACUGUCUGGCUGCCUGGGAGGAAUGGCUUCUUGUUGGCACCAAACAAGGACAUCUUCUUCUCUAUAGGAUCCGGAAGGAUGCUGGUUGCAACAGGUUUGAAGUGACAUUAGAGAAAUCCAAUAAAAACUUCUCCAAAAAGAUUCAGCAGAUCCACGUGGUUUCCCAGUUUAAGAUUCUGGUCAGCUUGUUAGAAAAUAACAUUUAUGUCCAUGACUUACUGACAUUUCAACAAAUCACUACGGUUUCAAAGGCAAAGGGAGCCUCACUGUUCACAUGUGACCUCCAGCACACAGAGACCGGUGAGGAGGUGCUGCGGAUGUGUGUGGCCGUCAAAAAGAAGCUGCAGCUCUACUUCUGGAAGGACAGGGAAUUCCAUGAAUUGCAGGGGGACUUUAGUGUACCAGAUGUGCCCAAGUCCAUGGCCUGGUGCGAAAAUUCUAUCUGUGUGGGUUUCAAGAGAGACUACUACCUAAUAAGGGUGGAUGGAAAAGGGUCCAUCAAAGAGCUCUUUCCAACAGGAAAACAGCUGGAGCCGUUAGUUGCACCUCUGGCAGAUGGAAAAGUGGCUGUGGGUCAGGAUGAUCUCACCGUGGUGCUCAAUGAGGAGGGGAUCUGCACACAGAAAUGUGCCUUGAACUGGACAGACAUACCAGUGGCCAUGGAGCACCAGCCUCCCUACAUCGUUGCAGUUUUGCCUCGAUAUGUGGAGAUCCGAACAUUUGAACCAAGGCUUCUGGUCCAGAGCAUUGAAUUGCAAAGGCCCCGCUUCAUUACCUCGGGAGGAUCAAACAUUAUCUAUGUGGCCAGCAAUCAUUUUGUUUGGAGACUCAUUCCUGUCCCCAUGGCAACCCAAAUCCAACAGCUUCUCCAGGACAAGCAGUUUGAAUUGGCUCUACAGCUUGCAGAGAUGAAAGAUGAUUCUGACAGCGAAAAGCAGCAACAGAUCCAUCACAUCAAGAACUUGUAUGCCUUCAAUCUCUUCUGCCAGAAGCGUUUUGAUGAGUCCAUGCAGGUCUUUGCUAAGCUUGGCACAGAUCCUACCCAUGUGAUGGGCCUGUACCCAGACCUGCUGCCCACAGACUACAGGAAGCAGCUGCAGUAUCCUAACCCGCUGCCUGUGCUCUCGGGGGCUGAAUUGGAGAAGGCGCACUUAGCUUUGAUUGACUACCUGACACAGAAACGAAGCCAGUUGGUAAAGAAGCUGAAUGACUCUGAUCACCAGUCUAGCACCUCCCCGCUUAUGGAAGGCACUCCCACCAUCAAAUCCAAGAAGAAGCUGUUGCAAAUCAUUGACACCACCCUGCUCAAGUGCUACCUCCAUACGAAUGUGGCCUUGGUGGCCCCUCUGCUGCGCCUGGAGAACAACCACUGCCACAUCGAGGAGAGCGAGCACGUGCUGAAGAAGGCGCACAAGUAUAGUGAGCUGAUCAUCCUCUACGAGAAGAAGGGGCUCCAUGAGAAAGCUCUGCAGGUGCUGGUGGACCAGUCCAAGAAGGCCAACUCGCCUCUGAAAGGCCACGAGAGGACAGUGCAGUAUCUGCAGCAUUUGGGCACAGAAAACCUGCAUUUGAUUUUUUCCUACUCAGUGUGGGUGCUGCGAGACUUCCCAGAGGAUGGCCUGAAGAUCUUUACCGAAGACCUCCCGGAGGUGGAGUCUCUGCCGCGUGACCGAGUGCUCGGCUUCUUAGUGGAGAAUUUUAAGGGUCUGGCUAUUCCUUAUCUGGAACAUGUCAUCCACGUUUGGGAGGAGACAGGCUCUCGGUUCCACAACUGCCUGAUCCAGCUGUACUGUGAGAAGGUGCAAGGUCUGAUGAAGGAGUAUCUCCUGUCCUUCCCUGCAGGCAAAACUCCAGUUCCUGCUGGAGAGGAAGAGGGUGAGCUGGGAGAGUACCGACGGAAGCUCCUUAUGUUCUUGGAAAUUUCUGGCUACUAUGAUCCAGGCCGGCUGAUCUGUGACUUUCCUUUUGACGGCCUCUUAGAAGAGCGCGCACUGCUGCUGGGCCGCAUGGGGAAGCACGAGCAAGCGCUCUUCAUCUAUGUGCACAUCCUGAAGGACACAAAGAUGGCCGAGGAGUACUGCCACAAGCAUUACGACCAAAACAGAGAUGGCAGCAAAGACGUGUAUCUGUCCCUGCUCCGGAUGUACCUGUCGCCCCCCAGUGUUCACUGCCUGGGACCAAUCAAGCUGGAACUGCUGGAGCCACAGGCCAACCUCCAGGCCGCCCUGCAGGUCCUUGAGCUGCACCAUAGCAAGCUGGACACCACCAAGGCCAUCAACCUUCUACCAGCAAACACUCAGAUUAACGAUAUACGCAUCUUUCUGGAAAAGGUCUUGGAAGAAAAUGCACAAAAAAAACGGUUCAAUCAAGUGCUCAAGAACCUUCUCCAUGCAGAAUUUCUGAGGGUCCAGGAAGAGCGGAUUUUACACCAGCAGGUGAAGUGCAUCAUCACAGAGGAGAAGGUUUGCAUGGUGUGUAAGAAGAAGAUUGGGAACAGUGCAUUUGCAAGAUACCCCAACGGAGUGGUCGUGCACUACUUCUGUUCCAAAGAGGUCAACCCGGCUGACACCUGAGCCCAGCAUGCCAGGGACUCUUCUCAUGGACAGUCGGCUAUCCCAGAGAGGGGAAGGAGCACCGGCCUUAGGAAUGGGGGGCUGCUUCCACCACCAGGUGUCUCCCCAUUUGGACACUCCUGGCUACCUUGAGCCCUGGAACAUCUCUGAAUUUAUCAGACUUGCGGUCUGGUGUUACCAGCUUUUUGAUAGAAAAAAGAGAUUAGCUAUACCUUAUAUACCAUUGUGUUGCGGGCAGUUUCGGAGAAUUUACUACCUGCUUGGACGGGAGGAGGUGGGGAAGGCCAUUGUCCUGCCUUUGCACACCAAUCACCUGAACAAGGAAAGUGUCUCAAGUGUCUGUAACCCCGAGAUUGUUUAUGCAGAGUUUUCUUUUAAG